UAAGCUAUCGAUAUAUUGUUGAUUGAGUACGGUAUCAGUAUUCUAAGUGAAAUGCGGGAGUGUUUUAAGUAAAGUGCAGCUAAUUGUAGCGAUUGUAUAUACUUCUAAAUGUUAUUUAAGCUAAAGUCUCACACUAAUAAGAUAAACGCUGGACAUGCCACUGCAUCGCAUUCAUAGAACCACGACAGCCAUAAGCAUUAACACGCGGGUCAACUGCCAUAAACAACGUGAUCCUCUUCAGAGAUGGCCACGGAGCAACAGUCGUCAUUGUCCGUGCGCUGGAUGCGCCGUUACCGUGUCUGCUUUCUAAUAUUACUUUUAAUUAUUGCCAUCCAGAUAUUUCUGGCCUACAAAUCGGUUGACAUUGAUUUGGCGGGCGCACUGCGCACACAGCGCGACGUUCACGAGUCAGAAGUGCCGCCACCAGAGCCCGUAGCUCCGCCAGCUCCUGUGCAGGCUGUAGCUAAGAACUCACGCCUAACUUCUAAGGAACUGGGCUUCGAACCCGAGUGUGAUAUCAAUGCCAAGGAAGCAAUAUCGGCACUACAGCGUGCCAAGACGAAAGACUGCCGUAAACAUAUCGCCCACAUAGCCUGUGCUAUUCAAGCCGGACGCUUCUAUGCCUCUCAUCUGCAGAGCAGUUGUCCGGCAGGCAAUCAUACAGCCAAUGUAUCGCUGGGUUGCUAUCGUGAUGAGAAGGAUUCGCGCCUGCUAGGCGGCUACUUCACCAGCUUAAAAACGUUCAAUUCACCAGGCAGCUGUGUUGAGCUCUGCCUACAAUCCGGCUACCCAUAUGCAGGCGUGCAGUACGCCCGUGAAUGCUUCUGUGGCUUCGACAUGCCGCCCAGCUCCGCCAAACUGGCCGACUCUAGUUGCAAUAUGAAAUGCGUGGGCAACGCCAAGGAAAUUUGUGGCGGAAUAUUUGCCAUGAACGUCUACGAAACGGGCAUUGCAAAGUUUACGCCACAAACGGCAGCCAACAGUCCAGCCCCGGGCGACGAACAGCGUAACGUUCGCAUUGCUUUCCUGCUGACAUUGAACGGACGGGCCCUGCGCCAGGUACAUCGACUGCUGCGAGCAUUAUAUGAGCCGCAGCACGUUUACUACAUACACGUUGAUGCGCGUCAGGAUUAUCUGUAUCGCAAAUUGCUGGAGCUGGAACCAAAGUUUCAAAAUAUACGUCUAGCACGCAAACGUUUCUCGACAAUAUGGGGUGGCGCCUCGCUGCUGACCAUGCUGCUGCAGUGCAUGCAGGAUUUGCUGCAGUCCACCUGGGACUGGGACUUUGUCAUCAAUUUGAGCGAAAGUGACUUUCCUGUUAAGACGCUGGACAAGCUGGUUGCCUUUAUGAGCGCUAAUCGAGGUCGAAAUUUUGUCAAGAGCCAUGGACGUGAGACACAGCGCUUCAUACAGAAGCAGGGCCUAGACAAGACGUUUGUGGAGUGCGAUACGCACAUGUGGCGCAUUGGCGAUCGCAAGCUGCCGGCCGGAAUACAGGUGGAUGGAGGCAGCGACUGGGUGGCGCUAUCCCGUCCAUUUGUUAACUAUGUAACGCACCCAGCACAGAAUGACGAACUGCUGCAGGCUCUGCUGCAAUUGUUUCGGCACACAUUGCUGCCAGCUGAAUCUUUCUUCCAUACGGUGCUGCGCAACACGCAGCAUUGCCAUAGCUAUGUGGACAACAAUCUGCAUGUGACCAACUGGAAACGGAAGCAGGGCUGCAAGUGUCAAUACAAGCACGUGGUGGACUGGUGCGGCUGUAGUCCGAAUGACUUUAAGCCGGAAGACUGGCCUCGGCUACAGUCCACGGAACAGAAGUCACUUUUUUUUGCGCGAAAAUUCGAACCGAUUAUCAAUCAGGAGGUGCUGCUGCAGCUGGAGGAGUGGCUCUAUGGGCCAUAUACUAGUGAAUAUGUCAAUCUACACGGCUAUUGGCAAUCGCUCUACCAUCACGAAGAUGUACAUGGUGCGGGCGAUGAUCUGGCGCGCACUGUUGGCGACAGCCUAAUGCGUCUAUCUGCGCAACAGUUUAAACUGGAUGCGGUGCAGCUGCUGGAGCUAACACACUACCUGCAUCGGGAUCAAUAUAAGGGGUUCUUAGUGCGCUACAGUGCCUUGGCUAGAAACGAUUCGAAGGAGCUGCAGCUGGAGACGCGUGUGCGACCUGUGCAGCACGGCAAAGUGGCGAAGAAUUCACGUGUUACUAAACGCCUGCGCAACUUUGAGGUUUCUACGGACUUCGAUCAGAAGGAGCAGGUGGCGCGUAACUUCGCCAAGUUGUUGGGACCACACAGCGAUCUAUUGCUGAGCUACACAUAUCAGGGUGUAGCUACCUCGCAGGACGCAUCGCACUCGUACAAUUUGACGCUGAUCUGGCUGGAUCCAUUUGGUCGACUGCAAGACUUCAAUGAGCUGCAUGUGGAGGACUAUCAAAUCGAUGUUAUCAAUCACUCCAAAACGUUGCUGAAACGGCCGCUGACUCCUGGCAUCUGGACAGCCAAGCUAAUUGGACGAACUUCCAUCUACGCGCAGCUCAGGUUUCUAGUCGCUCCGCUAGCCUAUGCCAAUGGCGAGCCAAUUCACACUGUAGCUGCUGCACGCGCUCAAAAUGGUGGUCAAACUGUGUCUUUGCCCGAGAGCUUUGAACAGCCCGAGGAAUGGCAGCAACAUCUGCACAGCGACGGCGAAGUCAUUGCAUUACGCCAAGAGGCAUUGGCUCGUACGAAACUGAUUGGUCCGCCUUUGUACAGCUGGAUCGAUGAUUUGGUUGGCAAAUUCUUUCAACUACGUGAAACCUGCAUUGUGGAUGGAACUAGCGUGCUGCCGGAGCUGCCGCUAUGUCGAGACACCGCCUGGAGUUCGCUGUCCGCGGACCCCAAGAGCGAUAUGGAGGCGCUGCUCAGGCGUCGAUAGAUAGAUUGGCCACAGUC